ACUUCUCCUCGCUGCAACAAGGGAAAUAGUCUGCCCUUUGUAAUAUCUAAUACCACCCGCAGUCGCUCGUUUGUCUGCAGAUACGGAAAGGACUUAUCAACCGGAUUACCUUAUACUCUCGUUGUUGAUAAACAUACUGUGUUGCUCCAGGCGUCGGUCGUUUUUUUUCAUAUCAGCAAGCAACUAAGGAUAUCUCAAGGACAAAAUGCGCGCCGCUACUCUUGCUCUGGGGGCCUUGUCCCUCGGCCUGGCCCAGGCAUGGACGUAUCCUAACUGUGACCCUGACAACUGCUACAAUGAGAUGACGGACGAGCGGUUUUACGACCAGGUCAAGGAGUUUUGCCCCGGGUUUUUGGGUGGAAGCAUUGAGACUAUCCCGGAUUACCUCGAGAACUGUAGCAACGAUCGCAAGGCUGUCAGCUCUGCCUGCUCCUGCGUCACCUAUACCGCAACUCACACGACCGGGGCCUCUACUAUCCAGACCAGUGUUCCUGCCGUGACGACUACGGCCUCGGACACCACAGUUGCGCCCACGACCUCUAUCCCCGACAUCACCCAACCGCCCUCUUCUACCGUAACGAGUGCCCCGCCCACUUCAUCCACGACUACGGAUGAUGAUUCUGAUUGUGAGGAUGAGCCUGAGACUUCGACGGACGUUACUGUGCUGCCCUCUUCCUCGGCAGUCAGCACCUCGGCGACCAUCACCGUUCCCCCCUCUUCCUCGGCUACUAUCACCGUUCCUCCCAGCUCGGCAGUGAGCUCCGCUCCUGUCUCUUCGACCACCGAUGAUGAAUGCACUGACGAUGAGCCCGAGACUUCGACUGACGUUACCGUCCCUCCCUCUUCUUCCGUUACCAUUACUGUUCCUCCCAGCUCGGUAAUGAGCUCCGUUCCCGUCUCUUCGACUACCGAUGAUGAAUGCACCGACGACGAGCCCGAGACUUCGACUGACGUUACCGUCCCUCCCUCUUCUUCCGUCACCAUUACUGUUCCUCCCAGUUCGGUAAUGAGCUCCGUUCCCGUCUCUUCGACCACCGAUGAUGAAUGCACCGACGACGAGCCCGAGACUACAUCUUCGGUUGUGGUUGUUCCCUCUUCGUCCAUCCCCGUUACCAUCACUUCCGCGGCCCCCGUUUCAUCUACUACUUCGGCCCAGGAGUCCGGCACCACCGAGUGGACGACCAGCACCAUCGUCACCACCACCACCCGCACAAUCACGCAGUGCCCUACCACCGUCACCGACUGCCCUGCUCACUCAACCACCGUGACCACGGAGACUAUCACCAUCGGCACCACCGUCUGCCCUGUGACUUCUACCGCUUCCGAAUCUUCGGUCCCCGUCACCGUCACUUCUGCGGUCCCUGUGCCCUCGACUUCAGUCCCCAUUACUAUCACUUCCGCGGCCCCUGUUUCCUCGACCUCGGCUGCUCCCAUCGAGUCUUCGUCUGAAUCUUCCAUCGAGUGGACGACCAGCACCAUCGUCACCACUACCACUCACACUAUCACCAAGUGUCCCAUCACCGUCACCGACUGCCCAGCUCACUCGACCACCGUCACCACUGAGACUAUUACCAUUGGCACUACCGUUUGCCCUGUUGAGCCUACUUCCUCUUCGGUUCCCGUUACCAUGCCCGUCGUCACCUCCUCGGCCCCGGUUACGAUGCCCAUCUUCACUUCCUCGGCUCCUGUGACCAUCCCCAUCGUCACUUCCUCGGCUGCUCCCAUUCCGAGCUCUAGCGCUGUGGUGGUCCCUCCUCCCGCUCCCAGCUCCAGCGCCGUGGUUGUUCCUCCUCCCGCUCCCAGCUCCAGCGCCGUGGUGGUCCCUCCUCCCGCUCCCAGCUCCAGCGCCGUGGUGGUCCUCCUCCCGCUCCCAGCUCCAGCGCUGUGGUUAUCCCUCCUCCUGCUCCCAGCUCCAGUGCUAUCGUCAGCAGCGCUGCCCCCGUCCCUGUUCCCAGCAGCAGCACUUCUUCCGCUCCUGCCGUUUCCGCUCCUCCUGCCAUCAGCUCUACCAUCAGCUCCAUCGUUGUCGUCCCUAGCUCCAGCGCCGUCCCUACCCCACCUGUGGAGGCUGGCGCCAACGCUGCGGCGAGGAGUGGGUUGCUGGGUGUUGUCGGGUUGCUAUUCGCUCUUCUUUAAGAGAGGAAUGGAUAUACAUGGCACCCUAGGAACCUAGGAACCCAGGAAAGCUACGAUGCGGAGGAUGACUUUUUUUCUAUUUAUGAUUUUGGACAUAUGAAGGAAGGAAAGGAUAUUAUUAGGAUUUGGAUCGUUGGACAUAUAUAUGCUCAUCAUAAUUUGGACAUGACAUAACACAACAACAAAACAUAACAUAUCAUGGGACAAAAGUUAACUUUCUUGUUUAUAUUAGAAAUAAAAUGGUGUUUACUUUUACU